AUAACAUUUGUUGUAAUGCAUUAGUCAGACAUUUUGGGUUAUGUUUCUCAGACAUGCUUUAAAUGUUAUUUAUGGUUUUAGUUGGCUCGCUGCACCGUGACAACUCAUUAACUCUUUUUCUGUUUGUUGCUAUAGGAACAGAGAGGAAGAGAGGAACUUAUACAUCACCACCAUGACAAAUCCUUCACAACAUCUGGAUCUUUAAAAAUUCAUCAAAGACUUCAAACUGGAGAGAAACCAUACAGCUGUGACCAAUGUGAGAAAACAUUUUUUCGCUGCAGUGCCCUCAAAGCCCAUCAGCGCAUUCACACUGAAGGGGAACUGUCCAGUUUUUUCCAAAGUGGGAAGGAUUUCACAGAGUCAGGGACCUCAAAAAAACAAGAGAGAGCAGAGAAACUGUUUAGCUGUGAUCAGUGUGAGAAAGCUUUCACCACUCUAUGUAGCUUAAAAAGUCACCACUGUGUUCACACUGCAGAGAAGUCGCACUGCUGUGACCAAUGUGGGAAUACUUUUACGCAACGCAUGUCCCUUGAAACUCGCCAAAGAAUUCACACAGGAGAGAAACCGUACAGCUGUAAUCAAUGUGGCAAAGCUUUCACACAGUUAAAUAGCUUGAAAACCCAUCAAAGCAGUCACACAAGAGAGAAACCGUUAAGCUGUGAUCAAUGUGGCAAAGCUUUCACACAGUUAGAUAGCUUGAAAACCCAUCAACGCAGUCACACAGGAGAGAAACCGUACAGCUGUGAUCAAUGUGGCAAAGCUUUCACACAGUUAGGUAGCUUGAAAACCCAUCAACGCAGUCACACAGGAGAGAAACCAUACAGCUGUGAUCAAUGUGGCAAAGCCUUUGUACAGUCAGGGGCCUUAACAUUCCACCAACGUAUUCACACAGGAGAGAAGCCGUACAGCUGUGAUCAAUGUGGCAAAGCCUUUGCAAAGCCAUGGACCUUAAAAACCCACCGACGUAUUCACACAGGAGAGAAACUGUACAGCUGUGAUCAAUGUGGCAAAGCCUUUGCACAGUCAGGGGCCUUAAAAUACCACCAACGUAUUCACACAGGAGAGAAACCGUACAGCUGUGAUCAAUGUGGCAAAGCCUUUGCAAAGCUAUGGACCUUAAAAAGCCACCAACGUAUUCACACAGGAGAGAAACUGUACAGCUGUGAUCAAUGUGGCAAAUCCUUUGUACAGUCAGGGGUCUUAAAAAGCCACCAACGUAUUCACACAGGAGAGAAACCGUACAGCUGUGAUCAAUGUGGCAAAGCCUUUGCACGGUCAGGGGCCUUAGAAUGCCACCAACGUAUUCACACAGGAGAGAAGCCGUACUGGUGUGAACAAUGUGGAAGAUUGUUUGCCCAGUGCAGUCAUUUGAGAUCACACCAAUGCCAGCAUGCAGGAGAGAACCUGUACAGCUGUGACUAGUGUGAGAAAGCUUUUAUUGAACGGUAUGACCUAAAAAUCCACCAACAUGUUCACACCAGAGAGAACCCGUCCUGAUGUGACCAAUGUUGGUAG